AUGAGUACUGGAUUACUUCCAAUUUCUUGUAUUUCUUGUCGGAAAAGAAAAAUAAAAUGUAAUAGAAUUAAACCUUGUGAUCAAUGUAUGAAACGACAUGUUCAAUGUGAAUUCCCAGAAAAAUUUAGAAAUAUUAAAAUUCAAGAAGAUGAAUUUAAAUCUAAACCUAAACUUGAACUUGAACCUGGACCUGGACCUGAACCUGAACCUGAACUUAAACCUAAACCUAAACCAGAGCCGGAGUCUGAACCUGAACCAGAAUUUGAACCUGAAAACACCAUGAAAUUGAUUUAUGAUCAUCCUAGGAAACCUUCUGAUAAUUCAAGUAUCUCAACAAGUGGAUCAGGAUCGGGAUCAGGAUCAGGAUCAGGAUCAUUAAUGUCAUCAGUACCAAGAGAAUCAACCGAUUCAACUGAUUCAAUGCCAACUAGUGCUGAAAGUGCCACAAAUUCCGAUUUUCUUGAAAAAUGUUCAGUUAUGAGAAAUGAUUCAAUUGAUAGAAAAUCUUGUUCAUCUUCAUCAAUAACACCUAUAACAAUUGAUUCAUUAAAAAGUUCAACUUUAUCCACUACAGGUUUACCUACUGACACUGGCACUGGUACUAGCACUGGCACCGGUAAUAGUUUAAUAAUCAAUAAUAAUAAUAAUAAUAAUACUUCUAAUCGGGAGAUUUCUGAUUCUGACAAAUAUAAUUUAUUGAAAGAUGAUUAUGAUAUGAUGAAGGCAGCAAAUACUCAUUUAUUAAAUAGUAAUCGAUUAUUAACUCGUCAAUUAGAAGAAUUACAACAAUCAAUCCUUAAUUCUUCUGGUCAUGGUGGUGGUGGUAGUAGUAGUAGUAGUAAUAAUAAUAAUAAUAUUACUAAUGCUAUAAACAACAAUUAUAAUAAUAUCAUUAAUAAGACUAAAGAUUGUGAUAUUGGAAAUGGAAAUAGAAAUGAAAGUAUUAAUUCAAAUGGUAAUUUUCUUCCAACAUUAUCUAGAUGUGGUGAUAAACGUGGUAAUACAUCUGAUUCAUAUUCUGAUGAAUCACCACCAAAUAAAAAAGAAAAAAUUGGAGUUUUUGGUCAUUCUAAAUCUAGUUUCCCUAAAGAUUCUGCUAGUAAAAAUCAAGGAAUAUAUUCCAAUAAUCAAUUCAUUGAAGAUAGUGAUAGUAAUAGUAGUCAACAAAAAGAAACAUCAUCCUCAUCAAUUGAUAGUGGUAGUAAUAGUAGUAGCAGUAGUAGUAGUAGUAGUGGAGGUGAAAUUGGUCCUACAUUUAGUUUUCAACCAUUAUCUGAAGAACAAAGGGAAUUAUUUCAUGGACGGAAAAUUCAUCGUGCCAAACGUAAUAGAGGACAAGGACAAGGACAAGGACAAAGGCAAGGAGUUUUGGAUCAUCAAUCAUCGAAUCAAUUAUCUUCAAAUAAAUAUCGUUUAACAAAUCGUCAAUUAAAGCAUAAUUGGGAACAAGAUGUUGAUAAUUAUCAAGAUCAAGAAACUAUGAAAUUUAAUAUUCAAAUACAAAAAAGUUUGAAAAAAAAACCAUUACCUAUAUUACCAUCUUAUUUAUUAAAAUAUGAUGAUUUAGAUAAUAAUAUUAAUAAUAAUAGUUCUGGUAGUAGUAGCAGUAGUAGUAUUAGUAAUAAUAAUACUGAUUCUACUAUUUAUCAAGAUGUUAAUAAAUUAAAUUUUGAAGUGAUUAUUAAAUUGGUGAAAAAAUUUUUUGAAAAUAAUUUAUAUUAUCGAACUUUUAUAUCAAGUAAUCAUGUUUUCAAUUUUUUAAAUGGAUAUAAUAAUGAUAAUAAUACUGAUGAUAAUGAUUGGGAAAAUGAUGAUGAUUUAUUAUUGAUAUAUAUGAUAUUAUGUUUAUCUAUUGAAAGAUUAAGUCCUCAAGAUUAUGUUCAAUUAAAUUUAUUACCUAAUGGUUCAUUAAAUAUUUGUACUAAAUAUCGGAAAUAUCUUACUCGUCAAGUUUUAUAUAAAAAUUUUGAAAAAUUAAAAAUUAAUUUAAUUGAUGAAUCAAUGAUUACUAUUCAAGCUUAUAUAUUAUGUUCAGAAUGGUUAUUUUUACAACAAAAUUAUGAAGAAUGUUGGAAAAUGAUGUUUCAUGCUUGUUCUAUUUCUUAUUCAAUUGGAUUACAUAUUAUGAAUCAAUAUCAAGCAACAACAACAACAACAAUAACCAACAAUAGUAGUGGUAGUAAUGAACAAAAUAAACUGUUUAAGAAUGUUGUUGAUACAACUAUAGGAGAAUCUAAUAUUAAUAAUGGGAAAAAAAAUACCGUUAAAUUAGAAGGUGAUGAAAUGAAUGAUGAAGAAGAUUUAAAUGCUCAACAAUAUCGUCUUUGGUAUGCUCUUAAAUAUUUGACUUCAAUAAUUUGUUCUAUAUUUGGUCGACCAAAUCCUAUUUCUGUCCAAGUUGGUAUGAAUAAUAAUAAUGGUAGUAGUAGUAACAGUAACAGUAACAGUACAUUAUUGGAUCAAACAGAUUGGAAAUUACAUAUUUUACUUAAAUCAGAAUCAAGUGAAUUGUUAAGAUUAUCAAAUCUUAUGUUGAUUGAAAAUCAUCUGAUUGAUAUUCCUAUUGAAAAAAUGAUGUUAUUAAAAUCAAAAUUUGAUAUUAAUAUUAAAAUUUUAGAAGAUUUUUAUAAAUUUAUUGAAAAAAAAUCUAAAAAUAAUAUUAAAAAUGAUUUUAUUGAUAAUGAUGAUUUAAAAAAACAAACUAAAAACAAAUUAAAUGAUAAGAAUGAUAAGAAUGAUAAGAAUGAUAAGAAUGAUAAGAAUGAUGAAUAUGAUGAAUAUGAUGAAUAUGAUGAAUAUUCAUUAAAUACAAAAGAAUUGGAUAUAUUAUCUGAUACUAUUAUUUUACAUAUUAAUAGUAUAAAAUUAAUAGAACCAUUUGUUAAAAAAUAUGAAAUUCAAAAAAAUCAUCAUGAUAAUAAAUUUUCAAUUCAACAAAUGAAUUCAAUUGAUAAAUUUUUACAAUUAUUGAAUAUAUUUAUUGAAAAAUUUUUAAAUGUAUAUAUUCAAAGACAUUUAUUAGAAAAAGAAAUUAUUAUUGUUAAUAAUAAUAAUAAUAAUAAUAAUAAUAAUAAUUCUAAUGAUGAUGAUGAUGAUGAUGAUGAUUUUAAUGAUAAUAAUAAUAAGAAGAAGAACAAAUUGAAUCAAAUUUCAUUCUCGUCACCACCACCACCACCAACAACAACAACAAAAAAAACUGCAACAACAAAUGCAGCUGCAAAUGCAGCUGCAAAUGCAGCAACAAAUGUGGCAGCAAAUGUGGCAGCAAAUUCGGCAGCAAAUUAUGGACCAUCAAAAUUUGGUAGAAAAUUGAAAUCAUAUUAUCCAUUUUUAAAUUCAAUGUUAGGUCAAGGAAUGAUUUUAAUAUUUAUUUUUUUACAUCAUAAAUCAAAAGAAUUUGUUUUAAAUGAUUUUAAAACUACUAAAUUAAAUAAUAAUUUUUUACAAUUGAUUGAAAAAAAAUUAAAUAAUUUAUUACAAUUUGAAUUUAGAUUAUCAUCAAAAUAUAUUACUACUUCAAGAAUGUGGUCAUCUAAUAUGAUAUAUUUAAUUGAUAGAGUUUUAAAUUUAAUUAAAAUGAUUUAUGAAAAGCAACAAGAAGAAGAACAACAACAACAACAACAAGAAAGAGAAAAAGAUCAAACCCAAGAUCAAGAAAGUGAAGAUCAAGAAGGUGAAGAAUCAGAUAAACAAAGUUUUAUAUCUAUGAAAUCAAAAUCUAGUUCUGAAGAACCUUCCAAUUCAACAUCAGUACAACCACCACCACCACCACCAUCAUCAUCAUCACAACCACCACCACCACAAAUUCCUAAUAUAGAAGAAGAAUUUCCAAUAACUACAUCACAAGGAAAUCUUUUAUAUUUAUUUAAUACUAAUCCAUUUGGUGAUCCUUCUCAAUUUGAAUAUUUGAAUGGAUUUCAUUUAAAUGAUCCAAAUUGGUUGACUUGUCUGGAUAAUAUCCUGUAUUAUUUGGAUUCACUUGGUGAAGAUGGUAAUAAAGAAUCAAUUAAUGAUUUUAAACAAUAUGAAUCAACUACAGAAACCACAAAUGGUAAUCUAGAUACAUCUCUUGACCCAACUGGAACUGGAACUGGAAAUGGAACUAGAGAUGCGGCUGGUAUGAUGAGAACUAAUGGGUCCUCAAGUUCUAAUUCUGUUACAAACCCUAGUAUUGCUACUUCAUCUGUAAGUGCUCCAACAGCAUCAAAUACUAUUGAUCCUACUAAUACUGCUCCUGUUACUACUGCUCCUGCUACUAUGACGACCAAUUCAUCUACCAUUCCAUUACACCCACAACCCAAGAGUUCUUCUUCUUCUUCUACUACUACUACUACUAAUCUGACAAUAUUCAAUCAAGGGUCAGGAGGUGAUGUAUUUGGAUUGAAUUAUUACAAUAACAAUAAUAAUGGGAAUUGGUCAUCAUCAGAAUCUCCAAAAAUUCAAGGUCAAGGUCAAGGUCAAGGUCAAUCAAUAACUAAAAUACCAUUAAAUUCUGGAACAUCUACUCUUGUUUCAUUAAUUCCAAAUCAAACAAAAUUUCCAAAUCAAGUAUCACCAAUUCCUCCAAUAUUACCACCAUUAUCUCAACCAUUAUCUCAACCAUUAUCUCAACCAUUAUCUCAACCAUCACAGGUGCAACCACAACCAUCACAACCAUCACAACUACUAUCGCAACAAGUUCCAAAUCCUUCUAAUAAUCCUAAUAUUGGUUAUUUUUUCCCACAACAAAUAUUACCAAAUUAUAAUACUCCAUCAUAUGGAAAUUUCAAUAUUCAAUCAAUGAAAUCAACUCAGAAUGAUAAUGAUGGUUCAAAUCAAUAA